AAGGAAGUCCCGUUAAAUACCAGGAAGUUGUAAACAAAGCUGACAGCUAUUUAGUUAGCUGUUAAGUACAUGAAUGGAUGCCCAGUAAGCCGUGAAAACAGGCCAGUUGUUCAUCGAUAUCGUGGAUUAAUUAACAGUACAGCUUGUUUUAUACAUAUAGAGCGGGUUUCGCGAGAAUAUAUAUAUAUAUAUAUCCCUUCGUAUGUUCGUUUCACAAGCUAACGUUAGCUGCCUUCCGUUAUAUCGUUAGGAAAGGCUAACGUUUGCACAAGGGCAUUGGAGCUAGCGUUGACGCUUGCAAAGUUAAUUUACAGCUUUAUUAAACCGAAGUGAACGGUUAGUGAGAAUUCUCAGUGUCUGGUUCUUUUUUCCCUUUCUGCGUUUGCUGUCCGGAGGCAGAAAGAACGUGAAAAAAAGGGCGAAGUCCGCAUUUAGCAAAACAACAAUGUCUACUUCAAACGCUAAUUUUAAAAACAAGUGUGUGACCCAGGUGAACUGCAUAUUUUGUGACAGCCUGCUCUGCACGAGAGGCAUGAAGGCAGUGCUUCUUGCAGACACCGAGGUCGAGCUGUUUUCCACUGACAUACCUCCCAAUAGAACUGUUGACUUUGUGGCCAGCUGCUACUCCACUGAAAGCUGUAAAUGCAAACUGAGAGACAUCGCAUGUCUCAAAUGUGGAAAUGUUGUGGGCUAUCACGUUGUAGCCCCCUGCAAACCCUGCCUGCUCUCCUGUAACAACGGCCACUUCUGGAUGUUCAAUAGCGAUGCUGUUUCUACUCUCAACAGACUGGAUUCAACAGGCCUUAAUCUGCUCCUUUGGGGAGAUCUUCCCGAGCUAGAUGACAGCGAGAAUGAAGAAUCAGAAAGCCCAUCAGAGGAGGAGUGUAUUAGGUAGAGUGGGAUAUGGACAAUGUGAGAGACCUGGAGUGCCAGCUUUUGAGAGGUGGAGAUUUUAAAAAAAGAAAAAAAAGUGUAUAAUCCAUGCUGGGAUGAGACAAAAGAAGAGGAACCAAAAGGGUAAAUGAACACCCAGUUACAUGGGACCAGCAAUCCUGCUGUACUACUCUGUGUGGGCUGAAAGAUUAAACCAUUGUUCACUUAUGACCCUACCUGGAAAAAAAAAGUGGUGUCACAGCAGGUGUUUUCCCACUAUAAGCUGGCAGAGAACACCUGCCUUGACAUUAGUGAUUUGGGGUGUGGCUGUAAAUACUGGAAGGUUUAAACCCAAAGAGAGCGGUACAGGGGAAGCUUUUGGUGCUCGUAAUUGAGUGUUUUAAUUACCCUUUAACCUGUGACCAUGCCUUUCCUGAUCACUUUUCACUGUUAAAAGCACAGACACGCACAUUCACACAUUCUUUUCAGUCUUUCUCUCAUUUUUGUACAUUUGUG